AUGAGCGGAACGAACGUUUUUGCGGGCGCUCACAACUUUGUUGCUAGCGACAUCACGGUGAAUGCAGCUAAGAUAACGUACCAAUUUGCCUGCUCCGACGCACGGAGUCACGAAAUCGGCACACAUGCCUCAUGCCCCGAGGCGCGCCCCCCUGCUCAGUAUCUAAACGCCCCAGACAGUGCAGCGGUUCCCACCUUAAUUGAAACGACUCCUUUCCUUUCAAGCGACAUCGCCGCCGCCGCCCAAAUCGCUCUCGUGAUUCAUCAAUCUCUCAGCGAUAGCAAAGGGGCUCCGUAUGAGCUUAACUGCUUCGUCGACGAGCUACGUUCUUUCGCCGACGCCUUGCUUUCGCUUUCCGAGAUAGCUGCUCAUUGGCUUGCUUCUCUGAUG